UGUUGCAGGAGCUUCGGCGAGACGGUCGCUCUACCGAUGCGCGGUCGGAUACGGAACUUCUCAUGGAUACGGCAAAGUAGCGCGCCGGCGCCUGUCACUCACCGAGCGGAUUUAUUACUCACGAGGAUAGGAUGGGUUUGGUGAUGGGAUGGCAGUGAGCAUGGCCCUUUGGGCAGGCAUAUGGGCCAUUCUCCUACAAUUGGCCCUCUUGCUGUUCUUCUCUCCACCUCUAGGCCACUGCCAAGGUGAAAGGUCCCGCCUACAGUUUACUCAACCACUGUACCAUGCGUCGGUCUACGAGAACUCGGCCGCCCGCACCUACGCUGCCAGCCAGGUGCGCAUGGGCAUCCCUCUCCAACAUCACUCGUGGGAUGUGAGGUACCGCAUCACCUCCGGGGACGAGGAAGGAUUCUUCAAGGCCGAGGAGUACACUCUGGGUGAUUUCUGCUUCCUGCGGAUAAGAACCAAAGGGGGUAAUGCUGCCAUCUUGAACCGUGAAGUUCAGGACAACUACUUGUUGACAGUGAAAGCUUCCAUUAAGGGGGAUACAUUAGAGGCCUGGACUAAAAUUAGUGUGCAGGUGUUGGAUAUGAAUGACCUUCGACCCCUUUUCUCCCCUACCACAUAUUCUGUUACCAUUGCAGAAAGCACACCCUUACGCACCAGCAUAGCUCAGGUCACUGCCACGGAUGCCGACAUAGGAUCAAACGGAGAGUUCUAUUACUUUUUCAAGGAGCGAAUGGAGCUGUUCGCUGUGCACCCGACUAGUGGAGUUGUUUCUCUCAGUGGGAAGCUGGAUGUUGACACUCAAAGCCGCUAUGAUCUUGAGAUCCAAGCUGUGGACCGGGGAAUGAAGCUCUAUGGGAAUAAUGGAGUAAGCAGUACAGCUAAACUUUUUGUUCAUGUAGAACGGAUUAACGAGCAUGUGCCCAUUCUGAGUAUUGUUACAUUAGCACCUGUAUGGACUGAGAAGUCCCCAGUCGUAGCUGUGGUCACCGUAGCGGAUCUUGAUGAAGGGGCGAAUGGAGAAAUUGAAACAGUGAACAUUAUGGCUGGGGACCUUCUUGAGCUCUUCAGCAUCGAAAGGACAGAGAUGCCAAGUGAAGAAUUGGUGGAUGAGGAAGUCACUCAGAAAGGAUCUAGAGAGUUUGUCCUUCGUGCAACAGAGCAGUUCGACUGGGACAGUUAUCCGUUUGGAUUAAACCUCAGCUUGCAGGCUCGGGAUCGUGGAACACCUCAGAAGUUUUCUGCUGUGCACACGGUGCACUUACAACUGUCACGACCAGCCCCGGCGGAAGUCAUAUUUCAGAAGGACGAAUACGAGGUCCUGUUGAGUGAAGUUGCCCCUCCUGGAACUGUUGUGGAGGCUGUGAAACUCCAGCCAGAGCCAGAUGAUGCUGAGUACAUCCUGACCCCAUCUACUGAUUCGGGGUUCUUCAGUAUCAACACCAUGACUGGCGUCAUCAGCACGGCACGUUGGCUCACCCAACUCACACAGGAAGUAUUUGAGCUAGAGGUCUUAGAAGUAGACAGUGACCUUAGGGUCAAGGUUAGAGUCAUUCUUGAGGAUGCCAAUGAUAAUGCACCAUCAUUUGCUCAGCAGUCUUAUGAGGUAUUUGUCAAUGAAAGUGUUGCAGUAGGCACCACUAUUGUUGUGGUGACUGCUUCUGAUGGUGACCAUGGGGAAAACGGGUACAUCACAUAUAGCAUGGCUAGCUUGACACCAUUACAUUUUAGCGUGCAGCAGUUCACCGGAGCAGUCACGACAACACAGGAGCUAGACUUUGAAUCAUCUGUAGAGAGUUUUAGUUUUGUGGUUCGUGCUUCUGACUGGGGUUCCCCUUAUAGGCGUGAGAGUGAAGUCAAUGUCACUGUGCACCUAGAGAAUGUUAACGAUAACAAACCCCUAUUUGAGAAAGUGGCCUGUGUUGGUGUAAUCUCUCGAGACCUUCCGGUAGGUGAGGUUAUCACCACAAUGUCAGCCAUAGACAUUGAUGAGCUAGAGCUAGUCAAAUACAAGAUCCUCUCAGGGAAUGAGCGAGGGUACUUUGACUUAAAUCCCGAUUCUGGUGUCAUGACCUUACAUCACUCCCUAAACACUGCAGCACCCAAAAACUCAUUUAGUCUAAAAAUUACUGCUACAGAUGGGGAACACUUUUCCGAUCCCAUGUUUGUGAACAUAUCUGUAGUGCAAGGGAAGUCACCGCCCAAGAGCUUUAGUUGUACCGAAACCAGAGUAGCCCAACGACUAGCUGAGAAACUUCUGAAGAAAGCCAAAGCUAGCAGUAAACCCAAAAUGGAGGAGGGCUUUAUUGACCUGUUCUCUGUGAACCGACAAACGCCUCAAUUUGACAAAUCCUUCCCAACUGACAUCACUGUGCGUGAGGAUGUACAAGUCGGCACGAGUGUGUUUCAGGUAAAAGCCUUUGAUGGAGACACUGGGUUCAAUGGACAACUCUUAUACGUCAUUGCUGAUGGCAACACAGACAGUUGUUUCAGUAUUGGAAUUCUGAAUGGCGUGAUAAGCAUCUUCCUUCCUCUAGACCGUGAGAGGACAAAUCGCUAUCUUCUAAACAUCACACUGUAUGAUUUAGGCCAACCGCAAAGAUCCUCCUGGAGACUUCUUACAGUUUACAUAGCAGAUGCAAAUGACAAUGCACCUCAGUUUCUUCAAGACGGCUACCAGGCCCGCAUUCCCGAAAACACCCCUGUUGGUACCGAAGUCAUCCAAGUGGAAGCUACUGACAAAGAUCAAGGUCUCAAUGGCGAGAUCCAGUAUUCCCUACUCACCAGCACAUCACAGUUUGGCAUCAACAGCUCCAGUGGGAUUGUAUAUGUUGCAGGUCAGCUGGACCGUGAGUUUGUUCCGUUCUUCAUAUUAAAAGUGGAAGCGCGAGAUCGAGCAGAGCGAGUGGCUCAGCAAUUUUCAGUAACAACUCUUAAAAUCUAUCUCGAGGAUGUUAAUGAUUGUCCACCAGCCUUUAUCCCAAGUGUUGUUAGCGCCCGUGCACUAGAAGACCUCCCAGUGGGCACUGUCAUUGCCUGGCUGGAUACGCAAGACCCUGACCUAGGACUUGGAGGGCAGGUGCAAUACUCGCUCGCUAACGACUACGAUGGCCGUUUUGAGGUCGACAAGACUAGCGGUGCCAUUCGUCUUACCAAGGAGCUGGAUUACGAAACUCAACAGUUCUUCAACCUAACAGUUCGAGCGAAAGACAAAGGCCGACCGGUGUCUCUCCUGUCAGUUAGCUUUGUUGAACUGGAGGUGGUGGAUGUUAACGAGAACCUGUACGCGCCAUAUUUCUCAAACUUCGCCAUGAACGGAUCAGUAAAGGAAAGCGUUCGGAUCGGGACUUCUGUGCUCCAGGUCUCUGCAAGGGAUGAUGACACGGGAAGGGACGGCGAGGUGCAGUACUCCAUACGUGACGGCAGUGGUCUUGGGAGAUUCACCAUUGAUGAAGAAACAGGUAUCAUCUACACUACAGAUCUGUUGGACCGAGAGACGCAGGACUCCUAUUGGCUGACAGUGUACGCUACUGAUCUGGGAGUGGUACCGCAGUCAGCAGCACUACAAGUGUACAUACAGGUUGAGGAUGUUAACGAUAACGCCCCCCUCACAUCUGAGCCAAUGUAUCACGCCACCAUUCCGGAAAAUUCCCAGAAGGACCAGUCCAUCAUUCAGAUCCGGGCGCAGGACCCUGACGCCACGGCAACCGAGCCCCGCCUGUCAUUCCGUAUCUCCAGCGGCAACCCGCAGAACUUCUUCAGCAUCAACCCGCGCACCGGUCUGAUUACCACAACCUCUCGGAAACUGGAUCGUGAACAACAGGCUGAGCACGUACUGGAGGUGACUGUAUCAGAUGGCGGUCCUUCUCCCAGACACACCACAGUAUGGGUGGUGAUCCAGGUGUUGGAUGUUAACGAUAACAAACCAACAUUUCCAGAGAAGGUGUACCAGGUCCGUUUACCCGAGCGCACCCGUAAACAGCGAGGCGCUCCUAUUUAUCGGGUGUUCGCCUACGACCAAGACCAGGGCGCCAACGCUGAACUCUCCUACAGCAUCGUCGAUGGCAACGAGGAUGGGAAGUUCGUAAUCGAUGCCAAAACCGGUGUGGUUUCAUCACCCAAGAAACAGUUCACAGCUGGAACCUAUGAUAUUCUUACCGUGAAGGCAGUGGAUAAUGGACGUCCUCAGCGCUGGGCGACGGCUCGUUUGCACAUCGAGUGGAUCCGCCGUCCUCCGGCCAGCCCCGUUCCUCUCGCCUUCGACGAGCAGCUUUACAAUUUCACCGUCAUGGAAACUGAUAAAGUGGCGGACAUCGUAGGCGUGGUCUCUGCCCAACAGCAAGGCUCCGCCUCCUUAUGGUUUGACAUCACAGGUCCACGCUCUUUCCGUGAGAUGUUCUAUAUACAACAGACCGCUUGCGGCAGGAACUGUUCUACAGAAGAAUCUAGAGAGCGCUGUGUGUUUGUGGGCAGCAUGUGUCUGUUAGACUGUGUUUGUGUCCACAUUACUGUUCUGGACAACAACGACAACGCCCCCGUUUUUUCCCAGCCCACCUAUGACAUCACAAUCACAGAAGACACGCCCCCGGAUACUGAGGUGGUUCAGGUGUUGGCGUCUGACCGUGACGAGCGUCACCGUUUGACCUUUAGCCUUCAGAGCAGCGUUGACCCCAGCAGCAUGCGGCUCUUUCGCAUCGACCCUAACAAUGGAAUCAUCUACACGGCUCGCAGACUGGACCACGAGAGCCGAACUCAGCACAUCCUCACAAUCAUGGUAAAGGAUCAAGAGUUCCCGUACAGACGUAGCCUUGCUCGUGUCCUGAUCGGUGUAGAGGAUGUGAAUGACCACGCCCCUCUUUUCACCAUGGUGAUGUAUGAUGGACAGGUGUAUGAAUCAGCGGCACUGGGAUCAGCUGUUCUCACAGUGACUGCACUCGAUAAGGACAAGGGCCAAAAUGCACAAAUCAGUUACAGCAUCGACUCAGGAAACAAAGGAAACACUUUCCAGAUUGAUCCUGUUUUGGGCAUCAUCUCAUUGGCUCGGGAGCUGGACCUGUCCAACAUCGGUCACUACGUCUUGUCUGUUAAAGCAACGGAUAACGGUUCUCCAGCAUUGUCUUCAACAGCUGUCGUCCGAAUUGCAGUCACCUUGUCAGAUAAUGCUGGUCCCAAGUUUCCCCAAAGUGAAUAUCAGGCAGAUAUAUCAGAAGGUGUUGCCAUUGGAACUUCAGUAAUCACAGUGAACGCUCUAAGUCUGUCCACCCUUACCUAUGACAUUCGCCACGGCAAUGGUCAUCGGACAUUCCGCAUCAACCAGUAUAGUGGAGUGAUCACUACGCAGAAAACACUAGACUUUGAAACUGUUUCCUCCUACGUGCUAAUAGUCACCGCAAGCAACAUGGCUGGACAGGCCUCAAAUGCUACAAUAACUGUUACAGUUCUCGACCAAAAUGACAAUACACCGGUGUUCAAACAGCUACGGUACCAUGGAAGUAUCAGUGAAGGUGCCGGGCUUAACAGUGUUGUGCAAAGUGACAAUGGACAACCGCUAGUCAUACGAGCAAGUGACGCUGACCGCAACCAUAAUGCCCUGUUGGUGUACCAGAUAAUGGAAGAAUCUGCCAGGCGCUUCUUUGCAGUAGAUGCCGGUACUGGCUCAAUAAGAACAAUUGGUCAGCUUGACCAUGAAACCACACCUACAUUCCGUUUCCAUGUUAACGUCCGAGACAGUGGACAUCCACAGCUCUCAGCUGAGCAUCCUGCAGAAGUCACCAUUGGGGUGCAAGAUGUCAACGACUGCCCGCCUAAGUUUUCUCAGGCAUCCUAUGAAGCUGUCCUUUUGCUCCCAACUUAUGAAGGUGUGGAAGCCCUACAAGUUUUUGCUACCGAUCCCGAUGGUAAUGACCAGUCAGAGCUCACCUACUCAUUGACCGAUGGCAGCAUAGAACAUUUCAGCAUUGAGCCAAGCACUGGACUGUUGACUGUAAGAAACAGUACUUUUAGCAAAGAACGAUUUCGAUUUAACGUCCGUGUUUCAGACGGACGCUUCUCCAUUACCGCUCUGGUUACUGUCCUGGUUCAUGAGGCUCUGGACAGUGGCCUGGCUUUUACUCAUAAUACCUACAAUGCCAACAUUGAGGAAAACAAUGGUAACAUAACAACAGUUGCUGUCGUUACAGCACUAGGGAACAAGUUGAAUGAACCCCUGCGUUAUACUUUGUUAAAUGCAGGUGGGAAAUUUCGUAUUAGGCCAACGUCUGGUGCCAUUGAAACUGUUGGAGUCCCUUUGGACAGGGAGGAGGAGGAGGAAUAUGGACUUUUGGUACAAGCAGGCCGUGAGGAAAAUCGGCUCCGUGUUGCAAGAGCAUUGGUCCGAGUUCAAGUCAGCGAUGUCAAUGACAAUUCUCCAGUUUUUGUUGGAUUGCCAUACUAUGCUGCUGUGCAAGUGGAAGCGGAGCCUGGGACAGCGAUAUUUCGAGUGACAGCAGUGGACCGGGACAAAGGGCAAAAUGGAGAGGUGAACUACUUUCUGCAGGAUGAACUGGGACAUUUUGAAAUGGACCGUUUGAGUGGCGAGCUUCGCUUACGGAGAGCUUUCGAGGCUGAUCUCUCUAGUGUGGAAUAUCAGGUUCUGGUGUUCGCCUGUGACAUGGGAACACCACCUCUUUCCUCUUCAGUCACCUUUCCCGUCACAGUGGUAAACAGAGCAAUGCCAGUGUUCGACCGACCAUUCUACUCAGUGAAAGUGAGCGAAGACGUACCAAUAUGGACUCCAAUUCUGGGAAUAAACGCCAGCAGCCCUGAAGGCCAGAGUGUCCUUUACACAAUCACGCACGGUGACCCAGGAACACUCUUCUCCAUUGGAUUUGACACAGGUGUCAUCAGUGUCAUCGCUGCCCUCGACUAUGAGACUAGCCCUUCCCACAGACUCAUCGUCAGAGCAACGGACUGCCUCACAGGCGCUCGUGCAGAAGUGGAUGUUGAAGUUACUGUUUUGGAUGUCAACGACAACCCUCCAGUCUUCAAGCAGCCCUCAUACAAAACUGUAAUUUCUGAAUCUGCCAUGAUUGGCACUGCAGCUUUGCAAGUUCUCGCAACGGACAGCGACUCUGAGAAAAACGCAGCUGUCCGGUACCAAAUCAUUCCAGACCGCACCAACAGCACCGACCACUUCCACAUCGACAGCAGCAGUGGUCUAAUUCUGACAGCUCGCUCCUUGGACCAUGAGACCAUCCAGCGCUAUGUGUUUCUUGUCAAGGCAGCAGAUAAGGGCUUUCCCCCACUGAGCAGCGAAGUGUGGGUCACAGUCGAUGUCACGGACACAAAUGACAAUGCUCCAGUAUUUAACCAACUGCUCUAUGAAGCCUCUAUCAAUGAGUUGGCACCAAAAGGCCACUUUGUUACAUGCAUCCAGGCCUCUGAUGCAGACCGUUCAGAUGCAGAACGCUUGAAGUAUGGCCUGGUGUCUGGAAAUGAAAGGAUGCUGUUUGAGCUUGAUGCCGCUUCCGGUGUCCUGACCCUGAGUGGCCAGCGACGCAUGCAGCGCAUGCCUUCCACCAUCACCCUAAAUGUAAGCGUUUCCGAUGGAGUGUUUACCAGUACGGCACAAGUGCACAUUCGGGUAGAGCGAGCUAAUCUACAUGCCCCCCAGUUCACCCAGGGCAUGUACGAGGCCGAUUUACGGGAGAACGCACCAGUGGGAUCAAAGGUCAUUGCAAUCAGGGCACAAGAUGCUGAUCCUGGACCGUUUGGGGAUGUGAGGUAUGUGCUGCUCUCAGAUUCCGCUCGGGACUUGUUCAGUAUUGAUGGCAAUGGACAAAUUAAGACUCUUGAACGUCUAGACCGGGAAGAACGAAGUGAGAUGGUACUGUCCAUUGCGGCUGUGGAUGCUGGUGGCCGAUCUGGAUAUUGCAGUGUCCGGGUUACCAUACUAGACGAGAACGACAAUGCUCCACAGUUUGGCGCCUCGGAGUACCAUGCAAGUGUGCGGUCCGAGGUUGAACCUGGUACCCUUGUGACGCAAGUACAAGCCUGGGAUCUAGAUCAAGGUGCCAAUGGACAGGUGAGCUACAGUCUGUACAGCGAAGCCAGCAUGCAAGUUACUGAACUUCUGGACAUUGACCCGGACAGUGGCUGGGUUGUCACCAAAGGCAAUUUCUCCCCUUUGCGUGGGUCUGUUCUGUCCUUUUUCGUUAAAGCCUCUGAUGGCGGGGUACCUGUUAGGCAUUCCCUUGUGUCAGUCUACAUACAUGUUUUGUCUGCCAAUGCCCACAUACCUUCCUUCAGCCAGCCACAGUUCUCGUUUACCGUGCCAGAGGACAUGCCCAUUGGUUCCUUGUUGGGAGCAGUGCAUCUACACACCUCAACUAGCCACUCGUCCUUACCAGUAAGCUUCUCAGCGGUGAUCGGACAGACUCCAGAGAGUAACAGUGAUGGAGUGUUUGUGGUUGACAAAGAAACUGGUAUGAUCAAACUAGACAAAGCACUGGACCGAGAGUGGACACCGGCCUAUCAUUUCAAAGUGAUGGCAAUGUUGCAGCAGGGACGUUUGGAUGCAGUUUCGGCUGUGGAUGUGGAGGUCAAAGUAAAAGAUGUCAAUGACAACAAACCAGCAUUUGAGUCGGAUAACUACGAGGCAUCAGUCACUGAGGGUCUUUCUCCUGGGACUAGGAUUCUGCAAGUACUAGCUUUGGAUCCUGAUUGGGCAGCUAAUGGUCAGGUGACUUACAGUCUUGCUCCACCUGGGUUGCUUGGUGGCUCUGGCGGUGAGAACAUUGAAGAACACGGAGCCUACUUUACAAUUGACAGCAGCUCUGGUUGGAUAUCAACACUGAAAGGGCUGGACCAUGAACAGAGCCCUGCCCAUAGUCUUACAGUCUGGGCAUUUGACCUUGGAGAUCCUGCCAGCCAGUCAUCCUCAACAACUAUAACUAUAGCAGUGAGCGACUCCAAUGACAACAUACCGCAGUUUCUUCAGCCCCGUUACUACGGAAGUGUUCGUGAGAGUGAUGCACCUGGUGAAGUGGUGGCAGUAUUGAAUACACGGGACAACGACAGCUCACCUGGAAACCGACAAGUCACCUAUCAUAUUACAGGUGGUAACAGAGGAGGGGUGUUUGCUCUGGGGUUGGUUCAGGGAGAGUGGAAACUGUACGUUAAACGACCGUUAGACCGCGAGGAACAAGAACGGUACCUCAUCAAUGUCACAGCGACAGACGGACUCCACGUUUCCACGGCAGCCGUAGAGGUCAUGGUCAUCGACACCAAUGACAACAGCCCCGUCUGUGACCCGGGACAGGAGAGCUGGGCCAUCUCCGUAUCUCGACCGCUGGACUUUGAGUCCUGCAAGGAUUAUUUCCUUACGGUGGAAGCAACUGAUGGCGGGACUCAGCCCCUUAGUGCUGUUACCAUGGUGAACAUCAACCUGACAGACGUCAAUGACAAUGCCCCCAUGUUCAGCCGCGACGCCUACAGCUUGUCCAUCAGCGAGGACGCUAACAUAGGAGACACCGUGGUCAAGGUGACCGCGGAAGACGUCGAUAGCCAAGCAAACGGCGACAUCCUGUAUUCCAUCGUCAGCGGCGACCGAGAGAACCAGUUCUUCAUCGAGCCAAUCACGGGCCAGAUCAAAGUCAACAAGCAGCUGGAUCGAGAAACGAUGGCUGGUUACUCGUUGUCCGUCAGAGCUCUUGACAGCGGGACGCCUGCGAUGUCCUCAACCGUUCAGGUCAACAUCGACAUCUCUGACGUCAACGACAACCCGCCCUCCUUCACUCCAGCCAAUCACACUGCUGUUAUACAGGAAAACAAGCCUUUGGGAACAAGUGUCCUACAGCUGUCCGUCAUCGAUAAGGACGCCAGCCACAAUGGGCCGCCUUUUCAUUUCCACAUCCUAUCAGGAAAUGAGGGGGCGUGGUUUAAACUGGAUAGAGAGGGGCUGCUGACAUCUAACAAGGUGUUUCGUAGGUCCGAGGGCACAGAUUAUGUCAUUCACGUACAGGCCAGUGAUUCGGGCAGGCCACCCCUGUCGUCGAUGGCGACUGUGUUGGUGCGUGUGAUAGAGGAGAGCGUACACAAGCCAGUGGCAUCACCUUUACAUGUGCACAUCGUAACCAUGGAGGAUGAGUUUCCAGGAGGUGUGAUCGGUCAGAUCCACGCCACGGACCAGGAUGCCUUUGAUAUACUUACCUACGGACACACACACCAGCAGAGCAGCCUGUUCAAGGUGAGUCCUCGAGACGGUCGCAUCAUCGCUCUGAGCGGCUUGGACGCGGGCCGCUACAGCUUCAACGCUACAGUAACAGACGGCCGCUUCACUGUGAACGUGCCGGUGAGCGUGCAUGUAGAGCAGGCCUCGGCUGAGAUGCUCCACGAUGCCGUGACCAUCCGUUUCGACCGCGUCUCCCCUCACGACUUCGUGUCCCGUCACCUCCCCUCGGUCAGACGCGUCCUGUCCAGCGUGAUGGUGACACCGCGGCCUGACGCUCUGCACGUGCUCAGUGUGCAGCCGGUGGAGUCCACGGGGCAGCUGGAUCUGCUGGUUGUCGUGGAGACAGCGGAAGGCGGCGGGUUCUACAAGGCGGCGCUGGUGACGCAGAAGCUGAGCUCGGCGCGCCGGCAACUGGACCAGGUUCUGAGAGUCUCAGCUGUGCUGGAUAAGAACUGCUCGGGUCUGGACUGCAGGGAGGCCCAGUGUGAACAAACCAUCACACUGGACUCGCACAGUCUGCUCACAUACAGCUCCACCAAAACCAGCUUCGUGUCAGCCAAGUUCCACAGGAACACGCGAUGCGUUUGCAGCGACGGGAGUUGUUCUGCUGCGUCGGAGAUGUGUGCGGAUAUGAGAUGUCCCGGUGACAUGCAGUGUGUGGGAACGGACAGCAGCAGGGGGCCGUACACGUGCCAGUGUCCGCAGGGCAAACUGGGAGAGUGUGCAGUGACUGAUGUUUUGUGUGUGUGUGUGAGGAGCGGAGAGAUGAAGUUAGCGCUCCGCAUCAGAACGCUCCAGAGCAAGGGAAUCAUUAUGUUCACACGUACAGAUCCGUGCAGCGUGCUGAAGAUCGAGGAGGGAAAGCUGUGGUUCCAGUUGGAUUGCGGCAACAGUCCCAGGAGCAUCGGGAUCUCCGGCCGUCCGGUCAAUGACGGGAACUGGCAUCACGUGGUCCUGGAGCUGCGAGGAAACUACAGCAGCCUUUCGCUAGACGACAUGUACGUGGAGCGGCGACUGGCCACGACUAAAUACCGACCUCUGGGAGCAGAUUUGUCCAUUUAUUUCGGAGCGCAGGUGUCGCCUCCGGACGCCCGUAGCUUGACGGAAAGAAAGGGUCCGUGGGUCACCAACGGCUUUCAGGGCUGUUUAGACUCGGUGGUUCUGAAUGACAACGAACUCCCGCUGCAGAACAAACGCAGCCCGUAUGCGGAGGUGGUGGGACUGACGGAUCUCAAGCUGGGAUGCGUUCUCUAUCCGGACGCGUGUGCCGCUCAGCCCUGCCUCAACGGCGCCACCUGCGUCAGCCUGCCGUCUGGAGGUUAUUCGUGUAGUUGCAGCGCUCUGUACACCGGAGGGCGCUGUGAGACCGAGAUCAGCGUCUGUAUGCCAAACCCGUGUCAGAACAGCGGUGUGUGUAAACCCAUCGGGAACGCCUUCAUCUGCAGCUGCAAGAGAGGAUACACCGGCGUAACUUGUGAAGAGGACGUGAACGAGUGUGAACGCGAGCUGUGCGAGAACGGCGGCGUGUGCGUCAACACUUUCGGCUCGUUCUAUUGUAACUGCACGCCGGGUUUCGUGGGCAGCGCUUGCUCCGUUCGUCCCGUACUUGUUCCGGAUAUGCAGGCUGGCCACGCCUACGUCGGGAAGGAGGAGCUUAUCGGAAUCGCCGUCGUGCUCUUCCUCAUCCUCACCCUCAUCCUCCUAUUCAUCGCCUUUCGGAAGAAGGUCUUCCAGAAGAGUUAUUCCCGGAAUAACCUUUCCAUGGUUCAGGAUCCGGCUACAGCCGCCCUGCUGCAUAAAGCCAACGGUGGGCACUAUCCGCCGCUACGCUGCGCCAUCGGAGAGCCAAUCAGCUUGUACACGGAAGGAAGUCUGUCCGGUCCGCCUCAGGUUCCCAUCCGGCCGAUGGCGUACACGCCGUGUUUUCCCGGAGACGCUCGGGGAACCCUGGAGAAAUGGCCAGGGGAUGGCCGAGGCCCGGAGCUGACGGAAAUGAGCACGUUCCAUCCGUCGGAGUCGCCGCGGAUUCUGGGCGGGACCAACCGGAGGGGCGUGGUCGUGUGCAGCGUGGCGCCGAAUUUGCCGCCCGUUUCACCGUGCCGGUCUGAUUGUGAUUCCCUACGGAAGAGUCCCUGGGAAGAGGAGGGGAAAGUGGAUUUGCUGGAAGAGGUCACAUGUUUCUCUGGCAGUAACAAGGGCAGCAACUCCGAGGUCCAGUCGCUGAGCUCCUUUCAGUCUGAUUCCUGUGAUGAUAACGCAUACCACUGGGACACUUCCGAUUGGCUGCCGAGCAUACGCUUACCAGACAUCGAGGAAGUCCCCACCUAUGAGACGGGUGAAGUGGGCGUGGCCUUAGAAUCCGACUAUUACCUCGGCGGAUUCGAUAUUGACAGCGACUACCCGCCUCCUCAGGAGGAGGAGUUUAUGUCCCAGGACCAGCUGCCUCCGCCCCUUCCCACGGAGGAAUACGACACCUCACCCGCCAAUCAACCCGUCUCCAGGGAGAGCACUCUGAGCAGGGACCGCAAGCCCCGCCCACACUUUCACCCCAGCCAAUACCUGCCUCCGCAUCAGCUGCCACUCAGCUCUGCGGGGGAGGAGUUUAGCACUUUUACAGGCAGGGAGGAGCGUCUGUCCGUCAACGCCUCCUCUGCCUCCGACGUUUCCUCCGCGCCCUGUGGGUUUGAAGACUCUGAGACGGGAGGAAGCUUGGAUAGUUUGGAGGACACACACAUGCACCCGCAUACGCAGCAGACUGAGGUCUGAUACGCCACCGCGAACUACAGACGCAGUUAGUGACGUUAACAGGCCGUGUUUUCCCACAUAAAAGACUCUAAACUCUUGCGUCUGUCAGAGUUUGUGAGAUGGAUGGAGCAGAUUGGGUCUGAGGACAAACUCUCAGCGCUGCCCUCUGCAUGAGCAGCUCAAAUAUAAAAGCACAGGAAGUGGCCGGAAGUGAUGUCAUGGGUGGGGACCAGACGAUUAAAGCAACAAGAAGCGUCAUAGUGAACGGAGACCAAUGAUCUGUAGACGUGUUUUCAGAAAUCGCCUGGUGCAUUUCAUUGUUCCUUCCAGUUCCUGAUUUGUUUGGUGCUGUUCUUUGUGUGUUUGAAAUCUGGAUCUGUCUUAAAACCUAGUGAGCCGCCUACCUAGACGAUAGUAUGCUGCCUUCUAUGAUACAAAUUGUACGUUUAAAUAUUUUUAUUUGGAAUUUCAUGAAAUAAAAUCCUUUCUAAUUACAUCUUUUAGAUUUUUAAUGCAAGAACAAAACUUACAACUACAUACAAUAAAGAAUGACAAUAAACAAAAUCCUAAAAG